CCCAAUGGCCGCCGCCACCGGCGGCCAUCGCCGUCGCUGGUCCGGUAAGUACUUGAGCAAGACCUCGUCGCCGGCGCACCUGACCCUGCCCCGUGGCGCGGAGGUCGAGGUUCGCCUCGACGGCGAAGGAUUCCACGGCUCCUGGUACGAGGCUACGGUCGUCGACUUCGCGCCCGCGAAUGGCCGCCGCGUCCGCGACUACACCACCACAUACUCGCACCUCGUCGCCGACGAUGGCUGCAGCGCCCUCACGGAGAUUAUCCCGUUCAGCCAAGUCCGCCCCCGGCCGCCACCCCCGUCGGAGUCGUCGUCCCCGCCGCGCUUCCACCUCUACGACAUCGUAGAGGCGUUCCACUACGACGGCUGGUGGACGGGCAUCGUCAUGUCCACCCUCGACUCCCCCGACCCUGAACCCGGCGCCUCCGCCACCGCCACCGUCACCGUCGGCUUCCCCAUCACCCGCGAGACCAUCGAGUUCUCGCCCCACCUCGUCCGGCGCCGUCGUGACUACGUCGACGGGCACUGGGUCCUCUCGCGGGCGGCGAUGGCUGCCCCCAGCUUCAAGCUCCGGGUCUACAAGGUCGGGGAAAAGGUUGAGGUGGGGAGGCACCGGGACUUCUACGGCUACUCCUGGUACCCUGCCACUGUGGCAUGGGUCGUCGACGAGCUCAGCUACGUCGUGGACUACGGGGAGGGGAAGGCCGCGGAGUACGUCCAUUGGCAGUUCAUCAGACCGGCUUUAGAACAUUUCUGCAGGGACAGUGAGAGCGAGUUGCAGCUGGAGCCUGGCAAUGAGGUCGAGGCAUACUGUAGAGGGGCGUGGUCGCUGGGAGAGGUGGAGAAGGUCAUCAGGGGGAAGUGGAAGUAUAAGGUCAUUGUCGGUAACAAGAAGGAAUAUUUGCUUGUGACCAAGGUGGUGGAAUUGCUUAAGCCCAUAAACAAUUGGAACAAUUGGAUUGGGAAUCGAAGGAGGAUUGUGGCUGCUAAGAGACCAUCAGCUAACUUGAGUAGAGUGUCCAUGUCUAGAGAAAGUCCAAGGCCACCUGUUGAUGUGACAUCCAAUGGUGAUGAACAACACAGUCAUGCUCCUGAAUCUCCGGCCACCAAAAAGUCAAGGAAAGAUCUGAAGCAGCUGGAUAGCAUAUUAGCUGAAGGUUCGGAACAUAGCCCACAUUGCUCAUUGGUGAUGGACACUCCUUUGUCUGAUCAGAACAGAAAUGAUCACGUGUGCGCAGAUCAUUCUGCUAAUCAAGUAGCUAAAAGCAACUGCGUUAUGGAAACAGCCAUCCCAUCUCUUGAUUAUCGGGUCCAAGAGGCUGGUAGGGAAGUGGAUCAACAGGCUGGUGGGAAAGUGGAUCAACAGGCUGGCGGGGAAGUGGAUGAGAGCUCGGGCUUUCUACGUCGUCUUAAGAAUGCUAGGAGCUCACAAUCCACCAUAGACAGUCCUCCAUUUAGGAGCCGCUCAGCUUCUGAGAACUUGUUGCCCUCACCACUGGCUGAUGGCAAGCCUCUGUUUGUCAAGAGCUCACCUGUGUGGCCUCAAAUUGAAGCAAUGGAUGUGUUUAGUGCGUAUCCUCAAAGACCCCAUUUCCUUCCACUAAGAGGGUUUUCGCCAACAAUGCAUGAAGGAAUGGCAUUAGGUCUGGUGGCUGUAUUUUCCGAUUUAGUGAGGAUUAUAAGGAAAGCAAGCAUAGACAAUAGCAUGGAAUGGUUCCAGGACAAGUUUAGUAUACUCUGUCUUCUGGAGGGACAUGGAUUUAGUGUCCAAUAUUUGCAUAGCACCCUGACCAAACUGGUCAAAAUCAAAUCUCAACACACUAUUUGUCUUGAAGAAAUGGACAAGCUGGAUGUAGAGAUAGAGGUGGAGAUAGCUUCAUUAACCCGAAUCGGUGCACUGCUCGAUGAAAAAGACAGUGUUAUAGCUGAGCUCGAGCAGAAACUAAGCAAGUUCAAGGAAGCCUGUGGUGAUGCGAAACGGGAGUUUCAUAGUGUCUUGGCUGCACUGCCUGGAAGCAGCUAACCUGUUGCAUCAGCUUUUGACAUCAUUUAGGUGCUUCUGACAUCUGUUUAUGCUUUGGGGUUGUAGGCCUUAGAGACAUCUAGGUAUUAAAGUGGGUGGGUUAGGGUGAACGUCGAAUGAUCAUUCGCUACCUUUUUGUGUAUUCGAAGAUGCUCAUGAUGGCUGACUUAGGUAGCUUGAUGAAAUUUCGACACUUUAUAUAUUUGUUCAGUUCUCCUGUCUGCCAGACACCUGAGUUUUGUUUUAUUCAGGUCACAGUAUCGCCGUUGGAUCCAGCUUACGUCAGACCCACCAACACCCCUGAAUCGUCUUGUUCCUCUUACCCAUUAAUCUUGUAUUUUUUGCUUUUUUUUUGGAGCUGUGCAGCGGAUUUUUCUGUGAAAGCCGCUGUCCGCCUGUCCCUGGAUCUGAUGUUGGAGCUUUGUUGAAGUGUCGGAUUGCAACUGGAUGGAGGCCGCUAUCUGUCAAUUAGGUACUGCUACUAGUGGCUCUACCAUAGGAAAGCAUU